CCCCUCUCAUCUCCUCUCUCUCUCUUUCUCUCUGCUCAGAGCCCGCACGGUCCAUGACUACUCCGUGCGUGCGUGCGGAUUGACUCGCGCGCGCACACAAACGCCACUCCACUCCCUCCCGUCCGCGUCACCCCCCCUCGUGCACCGCAGCAGCGGCAGCGGCAGCGGCAUUCAGCGCCCGUCUCGCUCUGCUUUCUUGCUUUGCUUCGCUUCGCUUUCUUCUCCAUCCUGCUCCCCCCCCUCGCCGCCCGCGGCCUGUCCUCGAGCUAGCCGGCGCCGGCCGCUCGGUGGGCGGCGUGGGUGAUACGGGGAUCCUGUGACCUAGCCGAGCGGACACGCUCGGCCACCCAUGGCCUGGGCGAGCCGCCGCGGGCUCAUCCUCCUCCACCUCCUCUUGCUCGCCGCUGCCCUCGGUGGGUGCGCCGCGACAAGCCGGGGGAGCGCCGGCGGGGGCGGUGAAGCAUCACUCGAGCGGUACUCGUGGGGGGACCCUGCGGAGACGGCGCGGCGGAGGGAGCUGGUGGGCCCGGGCUCAUCGCCGCCGACGUGCCAGAGCCGGUGCGGGAGGUGCCACCCGUGCCGGCCGGUGCACGUGGCCAUCCAGCCCGGCGUCAGCUUCCCGCUCGAGUACUACCCGGAGGCCUGGCGCUGCAAGUGCGGCGACAGGCUCUUCAUGCCAUGACCCGUCCGUCUGCACGUAUAUGUAUGCCCCCUUCAUGCCCUGACGCUGCCCCCGGCUCGGCCCGCCAUUACGGCCGCUUCACUUCGCCCACGGGAGCUAGCUCUUCAAGGCCACGUGUGCGCGCGCAAGGCCAGGGCUCCAGCACUCGCACGCCGACGAGAGAGAUCUAGCUAGAGAAGAAGAAGAAGAGGAGGAGGGAGUAGAGCACGGAGAGAUGGAUGGAACCAUGGAAAAGGAACCAGAAAUUGGAGGCUUCUUCGAUGUAUGUAAUAACAUUGUUCAGUUGUUGGAGAUUUUAACGAGUGUGAUGUGGUAAUUAGCUAGCCGGUCGUGCCUUGUUGGGUCCGAAGAGGCGGGGAGAUGGAUCGAGAUGUGUUGGUUGAUUCUCACUCUCUCUCUCCUUCUCUCUGGUUCUCCCCCUUCUCCUUCUGCAGUCGCCAAGCCAGUUUACCGUUUUGAGGAGUGAUUUUCCAGCUACUUUUCGUCAAUCUAUGCUGGGAUGUUUUCUCCUGGAAAA